GGGAGUCUUUGCCUUAACUCUUGCUGUGUCUCUUUGACACUCACUGGAUUCCCUGCCUGGAUUCCACUAGGACAGGACAGGACAGGCUUGCACGACAGAGACCUGCAUUGGGUUCAGAGCCAUGACAAGAGCUGAGGCUAAGGAAGGAGUGUCCAAUGAGACCAUUACAGCUCCUGAAGAGAUAAAAAAAGAUGAAAUGGAAGAGAGAGGCCAAUGGAGUAGCAAAAUGGAAUUUGUCCUGUCUGUGGCUGGGGAGAUCAUUGGUCUGGGUAAUGUGUGGAGGUUCCCAUACCUCUGCUACAAGAACGGUGGUGGAGCCUUCCUCAUCCCUUACCUCAUCUUCCUCUUCACCUGCGGGAUCCCCCUGUUCUUCCUGGAGACGGCGCUGGGACAGUACACCAGCCAGGGAGGGGUCACUGCCUGGAGGAAGAUCUGUCCCAUCUUUGAAGGAAUUGGGUAUGCCUCACAAAUCAUUGAGGGGUAUCUGAAUAUUUACUACAUCAUCAUCCUGUCCUGGGCACUCUUCUACCUGUUCAGCUCCUUCACCACGGUGCUACCAUGGGCCAGCUGCAAUAACCCCUGGAACUCAGAUCUCUGUGUGGACAUUCUGAAUAGCUCCAGCCUGGACAACAGGACCUUGCCUGCGAAUGCCACCUCCCCAAUGAUUGAAUUUUGGGAGAAGCGAGUCCUGGGGCUCACGGAUGGUAUUCACAAACUGGGCACUGUGCGCUGGGAGCUGGCUCUGUGUCUCCUGCUGGCGUGGAUCAUCUGCUACUUCUGCAUCUGGAAAGGGGUCAAGUCCACAGGCAAAGUUGUUUACUUCACUGCUACCUUCCCGUAUGUGAUGCUUAUCAUCCUGCUGGUGCGAGGAGUCACGCUGCCAGGUGCUGCUGAGGGGAUCAUCUUCUACCUGAAGCCAGAUAUUUCCAGGCUGGCAGACCCACAGGUCUGGAUGGAUGCAGGUACUCAGAUCCUCUUCUCCUACGCCAUCUGUCAGGGGUGCCUGACUGCUCUGGGCAGCUACAACAAAUACACCAACAACUGUUACAGGGACUGCAUCAUGCUCUGCUUCCUGAACAGUGCCACCAGCUUCGUUGCUGGUUUUGCCAUUUUUUCUGUGCUGGGCUUCAUGGCUCGAGAGCAGGGUGUACCCAUUGCAGAAGUGGCUGAAUCAGGUCCUGGCCUGGCUUUCAUAGCAUAUCCAACGGCAGUAACAAUGAUGCCUGUGUCUCAGCUCUGGUCCUGCCUCUUCUUCCUCAUGUUGAUCUUCUUGGGACUGGACAGCCAGUUUGUCUGUGUGGAAAGCAUGGUGACUGCUCUUGUGGACAUGUUCCCAGGAGUGUUUCGGAGAAAGGGGCGUCGUGAGCUGCUCAUCCUUGCCAUUGCAGUCAUAUGCUACCUGCUAGGCUUACUGCUGGUCACAGAGGGUGGGAUGUACAUCUUCCAGCUCUUUGAUUACUAUGCUGCCAGUGGCACAUGCCUACUCUUUCUGGCCAUUUUUGAAGUCAUCUGUGUAGGGUGGGUGUAUGGUGCCAACCGAUUCUACGACAACAUUGAGGACAUGAUUGGUUUCCGGCCGUGGCCCUUGAUCAAGAUAUGUUGGCUGGUGUUCACCCCAGGUCUGUGCUUGGCUGUCUUCCUGUUUUCCCUGAUCAAGUACACACCCUUGAAAUACAACAAUUCCUAUGUGUACCCUGCCUGGGGCUACGUGGUGGGCUGGCUGAUGGCACUCUCCUCCAUGGUCUGCAUUCCUCUCUACGCCAUCUUCAUCUGCCUGAAAACCAAAGGACCCCUGAAGCAGCGGCUGACACAGCUGGUUUCCCCGGCAGAGGAUCUGCCGCAGCCAAAGAAGCACGUGCUGGGUCUGUCCGAGCUGAAGCGCAAGGGAUGGUCCUCUCCGGUCCAGAAGGUGCUCAGCAUCACAGAGAGAGAAACUCACUUCUAAGGCACUGGGGUUGUCUCCUCCAUACCCUGGACUGAUUUGCUUUCUCCUUGCCAAAAUGGUUUCUUUUCUCUCCUGGGCUGUUCACUUCUCUCCUUCAUACCUGAGACAGAAGCAUCUGGGACACCUUCUCCUUCCAGCCAGCUGGUUGCAGCAUCAGGGACAGCAAUUCUUUUGACUCCCUGGGGACAACUCUCCCUGUCAGCAGCUGAGGAGAGAGCAACAUGCUUUUUAUCAGUAGUCUCCCCCAGUACUGACUCUGGUGGGGAAGAGAAAAACAAUGUGUUAACAAAAAAAAAGAAAAAAAAAAAGGAAAAAAAAGAUGGUUGUAUUGGGAGGAGGAAAGGAAACCACAGUGGUGAGAGAGAGCAGAGAAUAAAGGUAUGUAGGAGCAAAGCUAGGGAUGUAAAUGCACAAAACGAUGGGGCAUUAGUGCAGGGAAUAAAUAAGUUGGUUCAGAAGUACAUAAGAAGCUGGAGGCUGACAAAGGAAAGUGCACUGCUAGGUCACCCCUGUACUAGGGAGAGGGAGCCAGGAACAUAUCACAGGCGAUGAUAAAAGGAGGCUGCAGUGUUAGUAGUUGUCACUGAAAGAGAAGAAUGUGACAAGGUGCUCAAUGCAAUCAUAGUUGAUGGUGGAUCUCAAGACAGUGUCAGGAUGAAAAGGGGGUGAAGAAUAACUAUCUAUGGAACUCGCUCUUGGUCAAAACUACAUGGCCUUGGGAAAAUGCAUCUGAGAGCGAAACAGCUGAAUAUGUGACAAUCCUUUCAGGAAAUUCACGGAGUACAGAAAAAGUCCCAGAGCAGUACAGCAGAGAGAAAGGAGUCCCUGGGGACUGCACGCCCACAAAUUUAAGUGCACUGCUGGGGCAUUUUGUAGAGGAAUUAAUGAAGGAGUUGAUAGGCCUGAUUCUGUGCUGCAGAGUAGCUUUGGGGCAAGGGUGGGAGAAGGAUUGCACUCCCUCAGCUUUGCUGCAGAUGACUGCUCAGGGGAUAAGGAAGACAUAAUUGGGUGAAAUAAUCAUAAGCUCAGGCAAGAUAAAGUGAUAAUUGAUAGAAUAUAUGGGUUCAGUGGAAGCAGUUUGUGUCAAAUUAAAGGUCUCUCAUUGCCAGGGUAGUCAUAAAUGUGAGGCAAUGGCUGGGAUUGCACUUGGAUGUGAUGUUUGGUGCCGUGCCACACAGCUCUGUACUGGGGAGGUUGGGGCUGUAAAACUCCUUGCCAAAACUUGCUUGAAUGCCUAUCGGAACUCCACAGUUCAAACCACAGGAGAAGACAGUGGCAGGUUCCCUGCAGGAGCUUUACCCUGCUUGAGGGCUUACGUGCCGAUGUGCAGCUGUGUUGCAACAGUGGCGCAUCAAGCCAUGCUGGAGAAUGGCUACUAAAAAGAAUCAGAGGUGCCACAGGCUCUUUUCCUUUGUUCCUCAUUCCAAGUAACUGCUUUUCCCCAUGCUAGGUGGAGAUUAACCACCAGCACUGAAGGUAAGUGGGAAAAUCAGGCCUCAUCUGUGCGAUUCAGUACCUAUUCCAAUCGCUAUGGGAACCUUAUCUUUUGCAGUUUCCUGUGAGUUUAACUGGAGAAUUAGCAUAGGGCAAUCUUUUCCCCAUUUAAUUUCCUUUAUUUGAAAAAGUAGGAACUAAAACCUGUUGGUGAAAUGAAUGCUGAAAGUCAGGAAUCAAAAAUUGUACUUCUCUGGGACAUUAUUGUUUGAUUGGAGACGAUUUACUACUGUAAAAGGUAGAGAUACUGGCAAACCUCUUUCUUGUUCCCUGCAAAGGACUGAAGCACCACAUUAUUUAAUUUUAUUUUUUAAAGAGCUGAGUGUCACAUUGCAGCAAUAGUCAUAUGAAGAGCUUAGCAUCCAGAGGCUUGCAGUCAGGCCUCACAGUAAGUAUUUUUUCCUCUCCCUCCCAGGGUUGUUGCUCACGAUUUGGUGGGGGGAACAGCCCCGUGCAGCGGGUUUCUCUCUGCCUGCAGCCAGAGCAAAGCCAGUGGCUGCCACCAAGGAGCUGCAGUUGCAGGGUGGCACAGCCUGAUGAUCAGCUGGAGGCAUCGCUGACCCUGGAUGGGUGCUGGGUGUUUUUGUGGCUGCUGGCUCCUGUCUGGAGCUGUGGCAGGGCUGUGCAAGAGAGGUUUGAUUUCAGACACAGGUGGCAGCUGCCUUGGCAGUACUCAUGGUCCAAAUGGUGGUAUUGGUUUUGAGGAGGAAACCUGCUUUCUCUUGAUCAAGCAACAGAAGGGAAAUUUAAAGGCCUGGGACUUGUCACCCAGACUCAGUCUUAGGCAUUAGCAAGGGUUUUUUCAACUAUCCUUGGUAGGAUAUGUAACCCCUUUGCUCCUGCUGCCAUGCCUUUAGGGUAUAAAGUGGUGUUGUACUGCCAGAGAAGUUAUAGAGAUGUGUUCACUCCUUUUUCUGAGGUAUCUGGGUAACACUGCAAAAUUCCUAGACAGAAAGAAAUCACUUCUCAGUGUUAAGCAAAAAUUUUGGGCUGUGUCGUUGAAAAUAAAUACUGCAUAAACUGGU